UAUCGCAGCAACUUCAACUUCGCAGUCGAUGUCACUGUGCGCUCGAGCGCAGCGCGAUCCAGGAGGGUCUAUGGAUCACCGCCCUCGUUAUUGGCUAGCCCGGGCUGUGCCUCGUCAUACCUUCAAGUUGGCUGAGUCCGCUGCCAGCGGUGGAGCUCUGGAGAGUCGGAGUCGCCCCACUGUUAUAACCUCCUCCCCUCUUGGCAGCGCACCCAAGAUUUCUCUACUGUUUAGCCAUGGUCUCUGAACGAGUUCACAACCUUACUCAUUCCGACAAGACCCUUACCUCUGCACUCGCCGCCAAUCCCAAGGAGUCGCCUGGUGAGCUCGGGAAGAAACUAUACGAGGAGCACCAUCAUGGCAUCCACAAUCCAAACGCGACCGGUGGCAUAUUUGCCACUGUGAAGAGCAUGCUGAAGACUGGAUCGACACCCGAGGAUGCCAAGGAAGCUACGGCGGAGGACGAGCCAUCCAAGGAGGAUCUAGAUAGGGCAGCAGAGUGCGGACAGUUCGGCACGAGGCCAAGUGACUUGUUCUUGAAGGUGUGUGGCGAAUCUCCUUUCCUUCGUCGGUUCGGAGAAUUGUCUGUGCCCGUUGGGUGGAUCGCCCGCCAAACCGCACGACGUACAUUGCAGCGGCUGUAGCAAUGUGUACGGGGUCGCGGGCACGAUCGAAAACGUCUGCAAGUCUAGUUUGCCAUGCUACGUUGCACGGUAUUCAGUCUCAUUGACUAUAUGCGCAUGGGCAAAUGCUUUGAACAGCUUCACCGUUUCGUCGCACGCACAUGUAUGCGGCUACGAAUUCACUUCGCUUCCACCAAUGUAUGAU